AUGAGUAGGCCUGGAAACAAGAAUGAUAAGCAUAGUAUACCUGUUUCCAAACAGUAUAAGCUUCUUCAAGCCAUACUUGGAUAUAGGCAGGAUUCAAUUUUGAAGGUGACUGAAGAUUGCACUUUGUACAUUGAAUAG